UAAAGACAGUUGUUUUCUCUCUGUCUAAAAGGCUAAUAAGGUUAUAUCUUGUGGUAAUCUUUUAGCAUUUAUUGUGAUUGAAGAUUAAUAAUAAAAGAAUUAAAAAAGUAUAUUUACAUUUUUGAUAUAAUAUGAGGGAUUGAAGGGAAAGAAAAAACCUAUAAGAACCCUUUUGCCUCUUUGUGGAACUUUAUAUAUAGUUCCCAAAGAUUGAAUUUUGAGCUGAAAAAUAUUGUGGGCUUGAGGCAAAAAAUGGCAGGUGAUGAUAAAAGCCACGAUUUUUAUGCUGUUUUGGGUUUGAAGAAAGAAUGCACAUCAGCUGAGCUCAGGCACAACUACAAGAAACUUGCUCUGAAAUGGCACCCGGAUCGGUUUUCUGCUUGUGGGGACCCGAACUAUUUGGAAGAGGCCAAGAAGAAAUUUCAGGCCAUCCAGCAAGCCUAUUCUGUUCUUUCAAAUGCGGACAAAAGGUUUCUUUACGACGUCGGAGUUUAUGAUAGCAACGAUGACGAUGACGAAAAUGGUAUGGGUGAGUUUCUGAAUGAGAUGGCAACACUGAUGACUCAAGAUGAACCCAUGGGAAAUGGAAACGAGACUUUCGAAGAACUUCAACAAUUGUUCGAUGAAUUGUUCCAAGGAGAUGAUGACGCCUUUAGCGGCUCAUCUCGUUCGGGCACACCUCCGACAAGCUCUUCUUCUUCUUCAUCGUCCUCGUUUUUUGAAGGGUCUUAUAACAAUCUUAACAGGAUGAGCUCAACCGAGUUUAGCUCAGCCAAUUUCGGGUAUGAUAAUGGGAAAUUCGAAGGGUUUUGCAUUGGGAAGAGUGGAAAAGGCGAAGGUGGUGAAAGUAGCCGGAGAAAGUGUGUGAGGAAAGGUCGGAGGUGAUACCAUUGGCGGUCGAUAUCAAAUUCCGGCAACCGCAAUUGGAGAUUUGAGUUUAGAAAGACAUUUUGAUGGGCUAAUUUGAUUUUUCAAUUGUGGUUUCCCUUGUUUUGCUUAUUAUUCUCUUAUGAUGCUCUCAUGUAUUUAAAAAUUGCUAGUAAUGACUCAUGAAUUGAACAUGUCAUGUCCUAAUUAAGAAUCAUUGCAUAAAGCCAUCUUAAUAAGUUAAGAUUAUCAAAUGUAACAAACGUGCUUACCAAACAAGUG